AUGAGUGAAAAGGAUGCCGUGCUUUACGCCUACGAGGCGCGGUUAGAACGGGCGGAGCGGGGAAGCCUUGGUGCGUUGGAGUCACAGUGUCGGGCGGAGAUUCGGGCCAGUGAACUCUCUAAGGAGCGGGAUGUGUAUCUGCGGGCACUCAAGGAAUUGUUUGCUCGAAAUGAAGAGCUCGGAAAAUGUGUAGAGAAAAAAGUUUCCUCUUCUCAAAGUAUGAGCGAAGGUUCAGUGCACACUCCGGAGCUGUCUCCUGAACUGUGCGAGAAGGACACAGGGACAGAACUCCGCCAUUCGGAGAAGUAUGAGUCUCUGGUGAGUCUUCUCCAAAUUCGCCUUGCAAACAGCGAGGUGUGGAUGAACAUGAAAAGUCUGCUCGUUAAUUGGAUGGCGUUUGUGCUUAAAAAGAAGAUUACUGCACCGCAGAUGGGUAAGAUACGGCACUUCUCCAGUCAAGCAUUUACAUCCUUAACAAGUGAAGCCCUGGAAGGAGACGACAAGGAUGUUUUUUUGAUGAAUAAAGAGGAGGAAGAAGAGACGGGGAUAAGAAGAGAAGUGGAAAUCGUCGAAGAACCGAAUGCGGAGCUAAAGGCGACGGAAACCGCAUCGGAAGAACAAAAACAAGAGACUGAAAGAGAGGAAAAUGCACAGAAAAAUGAAGGGCGUGAGAUGUCUAAAGUGGUUAAGGCUCUCGAGCAGCAUCUGGCACUGGAGCCACUGGAGAAAAUAUAUGCUACGACCAAACAGUCGUCCCGCUCAAAUCUGCAUGUUUGCACGAGUGAUUUAGAUUCUUUAUCUCUAGCAAAGAAAAGCUCAAACCCCGUGAUCUCCCAAGGUACGGCCGAUCCUUGUUUGGCGCAAGAGGAACCAAUUUCAAGCGGUGUAAGCAUAGCCGAUAAGAAGGAAAAGAAAGAAGAAGUAGAAGAUGCGGAGGAAGCUCUCUCGAGUGCUGUUGAGAGUCUUAAUUCGCUCCAAGACGGAUCGGAGGCGAGUGCUAUUAUUGCAACACUUCUUUCUUUGCAUCGCCAAGGGGUGGGGGUGUGGCGUCGCAGAGCGUUUCUGGUAGAGCAGCAGAUGGAGGAAUGGGGAGCAAAAGUCUCCACUCUAUCAGGUUUGCUUCAGCAACAGAUGCUUCCCUAUUUGUUCGUACUGUACGAAGUUUAUACCACAGCCGUGACAGAUAAAAUUAACAUUUUCCUUGAAGAAAACUUCUGCUUAAUGAAUUGUGCCUCCGAUAAAAUGUGCGGGGCAUAUGAGCGCUCUGUUAUGGAAAGCAGUUUUUUUAUCAUGUUGAGGUACUGGGGUAAAUGGCGACUUCACCUUGAGGCUUCCCGAUUGGUUAUGUUGAGGGAAAAGGCGACCCGAACGGUGUCUUCCAUGGCGGAGCAACAUGAGCAGCUGAAGGCCAUCGCCCAACGUGCAAUGAUGCGAAUAAGGGAUUUUGAGGGGCCUUCGGGUCGCAAUGAAGGCGAUGUUGCGGAGAUGUAG